UUCUAACAGUUGUAAACAAGUACACCACUCUAGAGUCUAGAUCUAGACAAUAAACUCUAUUCUAGAUGUAAACAAGAGACUAGUGUCAACUCUCUAAAUAUUAUUCUUGUUUGGAUCCGUUUAAAUCGGCUUUUUUUUCCCACAAAGAUGAUAGAUCAAAAAAAAAAUGAACACAGCACAGCCUAACUUUACAUCUUUGAAUUCUUUGUCUGGUGGAGACCAGAAGUUCACUUUAACAGAUUCCAAAGACAAGCAUGUCAUUUCCAUUCCUUUUGUUAAUCAGUGCUACACAUGGGACUGUGGACUGGCCUGUGUGUCAAUGAUCUUGAGGAUGUUAAAUGAGCCUUGUGAUGAUGUCUACACUAAUGAUCUAGAUUCACUCCAGUGUGGAGAAAGCAUCUGGACCAUUGACCUAGCCUAUAUUUUAACGAGACACAAUGUAGAUUCAUGCCUGUACACUAUCAGUGUUGGUGUUGAUUCUGCACAUGGGAAGAAGUCAUUUUAUAGUAAAAACUUCACAGUGGAUGAACUACGGGUUAAUGCUAUGUUUGAAAAUGCCCAUCAAAAAGGUGUUCGAUAUGAAAAAAGGGUCUUGAGUAUAGAUGACCUAGUCAACCACCUGCACAAAAACAACCCCAUGAUUGUCCUUGUGGACUGGACUCUGAUGAAAUGUUUGUGGUGUGACAGCAGGUUGCGCAAAUGCUGGUCUUGUGUUACAUGUAACAAGGGACCCUAUCAAGGUCACUUCGUUGUGGUGUGUGGCUAUGAUACACAUAAGGAUUUAAUAUUUUAUAAAAACCCAGAUUCCCAUAGCCAUGAUCUAUGCUGUAUUCACAUGGAUGACUUUGAUAGAGCCAGAAAAAGUGACGGAACAGAUCAGGACACUCUUUACAUUUACAGCCAGAGUUCGAGAGCAGAAGGCGGAGAAUCAACUUAGGAAAUGUUCAGAAGUGUGUAGUAAAAUAAAGCUGAAGAACUAGACUGAUUCAUUCAACAUAGUGUCAAGUGGCCAGGUCUUCUUGAAUCUUGCACUUUAAGAUAGUCAAUAUACAUCUAUAUUUAUGUGAUUUAUAAAGUGCAGAUAUGCCAACAGUGACAUCACUGCCUAAUUUAUAUCAGAGAUAAAAUAGUUUUUAAGGUAGUUCAAGUCAUUGUUAGAUUAUUUUGUACAUAAAUUUAAACCAUUUAAUGACUUUAAAACCAAAUAUUUUAUUAUAGAAAGAGAUUUAUUAUGAUAGAAUAUAAUGUUUAUAAUUUUACCAUGAUUGAUUAUUUGUAAAUUAGACAAUUGUGUAUAUGUAUAUUUUUAUUUAUAAUGAUUCUCAUUAAUGAUGGUAUCCAAAGUAAUUGAACCUUAAGUGUGGAAAAUAUGAUACUAAGGUUUACAUGUUCUUAAAGCCAUUUCAGUCAUUAGUUAGUUGCCAACACUCCAAUACAUCCCAAUACAUGUAGCUGAGGAAAAAAGAACGCUGGCAGAAGAAAAACGCCAGAGAAGAAAAGCAAGGCAAAUGACACUAGCUCCAGCUGGAAUAACCUGCCCAGUGUGCGGCCGAACAUUCCGGGCUCACAUAGGUCUCACCAGCCACAUGCGGAGGCAUAAACCCCAGUGCAAAGCCCUCAGCCCCCUGGAUGACAAAGUGGUCAUCAUCGAACCACGAUGGACUAACUAUAUAUAUAUACAUCCCAAAUUAAAAGCUCAAUAAUAAGCUCAUCAAAGUUUAAAAAAAACAUAUUUAUUUAUGUGUAAUAAUCAUCAUUAAAUUCUGUUUAAGUAAAGCUUGGAAGAUUCAAAUCCGUUCCUUUAAAAGCCCUGGUAAAAAUCUUGUGCCUGAUGCAUGUAUGGUCUAGAGCAAGUGGCUUAUGUAACCUGUCGAAUCACAAUUUCGACACUUCAAAAAAAUCUGUGACGUUAUUUACCAACUUUCAUGGUGUUUUAGUUGGCACUCUUUUUUUCAUGUUACACAGAAAAAAUGUUAUAGACAUUUUUUGCCCUCAUACUCCUGCAGCAGUGUAAUGAUUUGUGCUUACAGCUGUUUACCCAAAAUGUCUCUUAGUUAAGAAAAGAAUGUUACAGAAUUCUCACAUUCAUCGUAUACAUUUGUAAAGCUCCUGUAGACUAGAAAAACUUUAUGAUUUGUGUAAAGUCCAAUUAAUUUAAAUACUUUCCAAUCCUCUGCUUCACUGGUUCAUCAUUUUUGUUCUCUGUGAUUGUUUUUGUUUUCCUUCUGCAGAACUAAUUAUGUGAUGAGCAAAUAAUUAUUUAAACUCUUAUUAGCAUUACAACCCUUUGCAUUUGUGCCAUCUAUAAACAUCAUUUGUAAUGUGGAAAAAAAUAUUCUGCAUUGUUAUAUUUGUGUUGAUCUUGUUUUUUAUUGGGAUUUUUUUUUUUUUUAAAUUUUGUUGUUUACAAAAAUGUUCUAAUUUCCCAAAGGUUUUGUUGUUGCUCUAUUUCUGCUAUUUCCGAACAUAAUUUUUUACUUUGUUUUCUCUGCAUUUUACUUUUUAUCUCUGGGAUUGAGAAAGAAUGUUGAAAAGACUUUGUUCAAGAGUUUGCAAUUAACAUUAUUUUUUAAUUGUAUUUUUCUUUUUGGAUUUUUUAAAUAAUAUCUUCUAGUAUAAGUAUUUUAUUUUUCACUAACUAAAUGUACGUAUUUUGUCUUGUCAAUGUUUUAAACCUUGAACUUGUGUACAUAUUGUCUUAUCAAUGUUUGAAACCUUGAACUUAUGUACAUAUUGUCUUGUCAAUGUUUUAAACCUUAACUUAUGUACAUAAUGUCUUGUCAAUGUUUUAAACCUUGAACUUAUGUACAUAAUGUCUUGUCAAUGUUUUAAACCUUGAACUUAUAUACAUAUUGUCUUGUCAAUGUUUUAAACAUUGAACUUGUGUACAUAUUUUGUCUUGUCAAUGUUUUAAACAUUGAACUUGUGUACAUAUUGUCUUGUCAAUGUUUUAAACCUUGAACUUAUGUACAUAUUGUCUUGUCAAUGUUUUAAACCUUGAACUUAUAUACAUAUUGUCUUGUCAAUGUUUUAAACAUUGAACUUGUGUACAUAUUGUCUUGUCAAUGUUUUAAACCUUGAACUAAUGUUUUAAACCUUGAACUUGUGUACAUAUGUCUUGUCAAUCUUUUAAACCUUGAACUAAUGUACACAUUCAUCAUUCUAUUCCUUUUUUUCUCUAAACUACAAAGUGGUUCAAUCUUCUUGGCAGCUGGGAAUUUUUUCAUUGAUUCACAUCUUUUUUAUUGUUUUUUUUUUUGGCAGCUUUAUAGAAAUUAAACAAAAAUUUGGUUACAAAUUUUAGGUUUUACAAUAGUUCUACUAGAACUUAACAUAUUGGAGGUAUUUUUAAAGAAAAUCUCAUUAAAUUAUCUUUUAAAUUGAACUCACUUGCAGGUUCAACUUUUAGAAUUUCAAAUACACCAAUGCUUCAACAAUUCUUCUGCUCUCAUGCUGAGUACUUCUUGCUGCACAUACCCUUGUGUCAUCUUUUCUUAGUUCUUAACUAAAGACAUUCAUUCUUCUGGUAACCUUCAUUAUUGAUCCACAGAUAUAUUUUAAAUUGAAUAUCAUUAAACUUCUUUUUACUUUUAUAUGAAGGUUUAAAGUUAAUAUCCUAUUUGAGACAAUGUUAUUUAUAUAUUUAUAUUUAACUGACCUGCCAUUUAAUGACAGACGUACAGUGUAAAUAUGCUUUAUGUUUUUUGAGAGAGUUUAAUAUCCCCAUAGAGUCUCAGUCUAUACCAAACUUGUCACCUUUUUAAUGUUAACCAUGUUGGACAAGUUGGGCAGCUCAGCUAUCUCUCCCUGACAUUAUCCUGCAGUUGGUCAUUCAUAACAUUUCACUGGCCUAUAUUACAUUAUCUUUAACAGACAUGCUUGACCAUAGGCAUUCAUUUGCUGUCACUGGCCUAUAUUACAUUAACUAUUACAGACAUGCUUGACAUUAGUUGGCCUAUAUUACAUUACCUUUAUCAGACAUGCUUGACAUUUGCUUCCACUGGCCUAUUAUAUAUAUUACAUUAGCUUGUACAGACAUGCAUGACAUAUGCUUUCACACACACAUAUAAUCUUCAUGCCUUAUGCACCUUAAAGCCUGUAAUCGUAGCCUAACUUUUGGACUUCAAGACAAUGCCUUAUAAUAAACAAAUGAGCAGCACACCAAAUUUAUGGAUACUACAUUUACAUAAAUAUGAUGAACUUAUGGGCUAAUGAAGUCUAGAGCAUUGACCUGAAGUUGUGCACAAGUUUUACAUGACAAUGUGUUAUCAGUGUCUUGAUGUACACAUUUAUAUUGUACUCCAAAUGAAAUUUUUUCUAACUGAGCUUCAUUGGACCAAACUCUAUUUGCUACAUUGACAUUGAAAUGGGACUUGAUACAGUUUUAAAGUUGAAAGUCUUUGAGUUCAAUAUAUCCAAGUUAGUCAGUAGGGUACAAGUUCAGGUUAAGUUUUCAGAAAACAUACCCAUGGAGUGCUUAUUACUUCUUAAAGUUCAUUCUUGUUAAAGUUGAAACUGAAGUUGUUGUUUUUUAACUCUCUAACUCUCUCUGUAAUUAUUUACCACCUUCUGACAAAAUGAUUGAUUAUGCUCAUUUGUAUUUCACUACCUUGUUAUGAUUGAAUUUCAACAAGGUUUUUGUUAGUUACAAGAAAAUAUUAUAUUUGGUAUAGAAUUAAUGGGGUAUGCACCUCUUUUUUUUUUUAUAUAAAACAAAUUGAUGUUUAUAAACCCAUAAUAAUCUAUACAGCUAGAUUAGCUUUUAACUUUAUUUCUUUCCCUAUAUGUAUAGACUUACAAAAUGUGGAUGUUACACACUAUAUAGUAGAAAUCAUUAAAGAAUGGUGUUUUGCUUUUAGGUUAUUUAUGUUACCAUUUUGAAUGUGCUACUUAGUAAGCUAUAAAAGUAGUUGAUUUUAUGGGAAAUGUUUAUAAAACAAAAGUGAAUUUUUUUUUGGGGGGGGGGGGGGGGGGGGAGGGAAACAGUUGGUCUUGGUCCAAAGUUCUUCAUUUGCAUUGCUAUGAGUACAUAACAUUUUGUUUCAUGGUUUUUACAAUUUUAUUUUUAUAAUCUACAGACAUUCCUUCAAAAAAAAAAGUAUUUUUUUUUUAAAUGGUUAAGCCUUGUUGUUAUUAGCAUUAAUGCAACUGAAAGUUUUGCUGAACCAAUAAUUAGCAUUACUUCUAAAAAUAUUUUUUUGCAAAACAACUAAGAAACAUAUUGUUGUUAUGUUGUUGACACCAAAUAUAAAGUUAUUAAUAUUUGCUGGAUGUAUAAAACAUGAUUAACACUUAAUCCAUUUUAUUUUAAGCAUUAUAAUCCAUUAGUUCACUGUUUAUAUUUAUACAGUUAUGACCUUAUGAUAAGUUUUAAAAAUAUUUUACAUUAUUAUUAAUACACAUUGAAUGUUUUUGUUUACUUUAUAAAAGUGUUUUUGAGGCUCUCAAUCACUCAUGGUGGAUUGCGGCAUUUUUUAAAAACUUUUGAAAAUGUUUUUAUUUCCUGAAACUGUUCCUGACCAGGACACUGACCAAAGGUUGUUCUUUACAAUUUCAAAGACAGGGUUUCGUUAUGAGCAAUGUGUGCACUCGUUGGUUCUCAGGGCAGAUUGGAUUGGAUCAUGGAGUAUGACUACAUAAUUGAGUCUACUUGGAAUUGUAUGGAAUGUCUUGUAGGGGAUACUGUUUGUUGAUGAGUGUCCUGUAAGUGAUACUGUUUGUUGAUGAGUGUCUUGUAAGUGCUAUUUCUUUACAACACUUACUGUUCCUACAAGUUCAUUUCAAUUUUGUUCAAUGGUCCCCCUCCUCCUUCCCUAUCAAGUUUGUAAGCACUAUAUUGAAUUAGACAGCCAGAUAGUUUUAGCUUUGAAAAGUAGUGGGCCAGAUAGUUUUAGCUUUGAGAAGUAGUGGGCCAGAUAGUUUUAGCUUUGAGAAGUAGUGGGCCAGAUAGUUUUACCUUUGAGAAGUAGUGGGCCAGAUAGUUUUAGCUUUGAAAAGUAGUGGGCCAGAUAGUCUUAGCUUUGAGAAGUAGUGGGCCAGAUAGUUUUAGCUUUGAAAAGUAGUGGGCCAGAUAGUCUUAGCUUUGAGAAGUAGUGGGCCAGAUAGUCUUAGCUUUGAGAAGUAGUGGGGAUAGGAAUUUUUGUGGCUGUAAAUAAAAAAAAUAUGAAGUCAAGCAAUUUUAAGAAUUUUUUUUUUCAAUUUUCAGCUUUACAGUAAAUUUGAUAAAUAUUUUCAAGUCAGAGGUUGAUAUAUGCACAGAAAUGGCAGUACAAGAGUUAAAAAUAUUUUUAAAGGAUAUUCUAUAAGUACUAAACUCAAAGUGUCCCGUAGUUUAUUCAAUGUCUUUUCAGAAACAAUUAUCAAAUGUAACAUUGUCUUGAAUUUUGCUUAUGUGUUCAUUACAGAAAGAUGUUAAGUUGAACUUUAGAGAAAGGGUUCAUUACAGAAAGAUGUUAAAGUUGAACUUUAGAGAAAGGGUUCAUUACAGAAAGAUGUUAAAGUUGAACUUUAGAGAAAGGGUUCAUUACAGAAAGAUGUUAAAGUUGAACUUUAGAGAAAGGGUUCAUUACAGAAAGAUGUUAAAGUUGAACUUUAGAGUAAGUGUUCACUACAGAAAGAUGUUAAAUUUGAAACAAUUAUUUCAAAAUAAAACUGCAGCAAAUUUACUCUUGUGAAACUAAUUGUUGUAUUUAAAUAAAAAGAUGUAACUUUCAAGGCUGUCCCAUGUUGACUUUUCAACUCUACCUCAAGCCAAUGACAGUAACACAGAACCAGAUAACGAAAAUGUUUUCUCUGUGUGACUUGAAAAGUUUAUUUGAAUUAGAAUUCAUCCUGGCUAUGUUCAUAUUGUGUUUAAUUUUACAUGUAAUAAAUAAAGGGCUGUCUGGAAAACUCUG